AUGCCACAUUCAUGUCCAUGUAAAAAGUUACUUGAUUUUGUGAAGAUUUUAAAUAUUGGACAAUUUGAGCGGUCUGAAUUUGAGUGUUUACGUUACAAUUUCACUAUGUGUAGCCUAUUUAUGAAAAAAAUUCGACGGAACUACAGGAACAAAGCGGGUGACUCAGAUGAAGAGCAAAAUCAGGAGUCCGAAAGCCUGUAUGAUGCUGCUGUUAAAGAAAUAACUUCCCAGAGUAAAUCUAAUACCCCAUCAAUUAAAAAGAAUAAAAGCGUUUUAAGUUUUGAAGAUGAUCUCGACCCAGACGAUGGUGAUACAUUUAAAGUCAAAAAGUCUUCAAUGAGUCGCAAGAUUACUAAACAAACCAAAGAAAGUAAAAAAAAGAGAACUCAUGAAAACGAUGGCUUGAAAAUAGUUGGUGGCUUUCAUAACGAUUUGGUUUCGUAUGAUGAAAGCUCUCCUGAUCCUGAAGAAAAUCUUGAGAAUCUAAGAAAAGAGUUAUUGGAUUUGGCUGAAGACGAAGCGACUCAUGAAGUAGUUCCAUCUGUUAAAUCCGAGCCGAACAAUGUGACCUCAAUGAUAAAGCAUGGUGUAAUUCCUGAUGCGGCAACAAUUCAUUUAGCUCGUAAACAACGUGAGAAAGCUAAAAGUCUUAUUGAGUCAACUGAUCAUUCACCUACCUACUGUUCGUUCAGUAAAAAUGAUGGGAGACGUUUAGUGAGAGAAGAUGAUGACGAUGAUGAGUUAAAUUACGAUGAAGAUGCAAACGAUAUAACAGCUGUCUCAUUUUCAAAUUCUGCCAGUGAGAAAGGACCAAUUUUUGUUGCCAGUAAAGAUCGUGAAACUUGUAGUAGACGAGCAGUUAUAGGUGCUCGCUUGAAUCGUCGUGAAGAAGAAUUAAAAUGCAUUCGAGAAGAUUUCAUGGCAGCUGAACAUGGUAGUGAUCGUGACAGUGAUCAAGAGGUUGAAUGGGAAAGACAACAACUUCAAAAGGCUAUUAUUAAUCAGAAUUCUGCUGUUUUAGAAGCUAUUCAACCAAUUCUCAACACUGAAGAUUCUAUGAACACUACAACACUUACAGAUAGUACUAUACUUAGUGGACUAAAUGUUGCCGACAUAACAUUACCAAAAUUAAAAAAUAGUUUAGAAGAAAAGUACAACAGAUUGAAUGAAUCAUUAACCAAGCACAAGACAUCAUUAGAAGAGGCUAAACGUGAUUUAGAACGGGGUAAAGUAAUAAUCGGAGUUGCUCGUGAAAAACUUCCUAAUUUAGCAAGACAAUUUAUGUUCUAUCAAGAAAUGAAAGAUUAUAUUGAUGAUUUAAUAUCUUGUUUUAAUGAAAAGAUGCCAAAAAUAGAAUAUCUGGAGAAACGUUCUAUUAUAAUAUUUCGUGAACGUUAUGACAAAUUAGUCGAGCGUCGACGCAUGGAUAUGAAAGAUAUGGCUGAUGCAGUAUCACAGCCAACCAUAUCUACUACUGGUGCUUCUAGAACACCUGAAGAAGUGAAAUUGUUCGAAGCUAGGCGUAAAAGAUGCGCUGAACGAGAAUCCCGACGAAUACGACGUCAACGUGCUCGUGAAUUACAAAAUCCUGCUAACACUCAAGUUCACAUUGAUGGAACUAGUACGGAUGAUGAAGAACCACAGGCUAUAAUUGUUAAACGCUCAGCAGAUAUUGAUGCUUUACUAGUUGAUGCAAAUGCAUUAUUUGAAGAUGUUGUUGAAGAAUUUUGUGAAUUACCUUUAAUUCUUGAAAGAUUCAUUGAAUGGCGUAAUAAAUAUCCGGAAUCAUAUCAACAAGCUUAUAUAUCAUUGUGUUUACCACAAUUAUUCAGUCCUAUAAUACGUAUUCAAUUGAUUGGUUGGAAUCCUUUAAGUAAUCAUGCUAAUCCAAUUGAAGAAAUGAAAUGGUUUCAAGAUUUGUUAGAUUUUUGUAAUCUUCCAUUAAAUGACAAUAAUUCAAAGUCAACUAAUUCAAAUAGUAAUCAAACAAUCAAUAAACAGAACAAUACUGAUGAAAAUAAGAAUACCAGUCAUGACAAUAAUAGUAAUAAUAAUCAUGACUUCUCAGAUAAAACAACUAUUAACUCUGAUGAUGAUCUUCGAAUUAUACCGAAAUCAAUUGAAAAAAUUGUUUUACAACGAUUGAAUGAACUAGUUAAUGCUUCAUGGGAUCCUUUAUCAGAGAAACAAUCUUUACAACUUGUCAAUUUAAUGCAAAAUUUAUGCUCAACUUAUCCAACAAUUUGUAUUGGUAGUCGUCUGACAGAGAAUUUAUUCACAACUAUUGUUAAACGUAUUGAAAAUACCAUACAAGAAGAUAUUUUCAUACCGCUUUAUUCAAAAACUUUGAUGCAAAAUCGUCAAAGUCCAGCUUUCGUAUUUUUUGAACGUCAGUUCAACAUGGGAUUAAAACUUUUAAAAAAUAUUCUACUUUGGUUAAAUUUACUCAGUGUUGAAACAUUAAAACAUAUUAGUUUAACUUGUUUAAUAAAUCGUUAUCUACUCGUUGGAUUAGCUUGUUUAUUAUCAGUGGUUACAUUUAAAACAAAUGAUGAAAAAUCUAAUUUGAUGAAUAAUAAUAAUUCAUUGCUUCCUAUUGGACAAUCAUCAUCAAUUGAUCAAUUCGGUUCAUUAGCUUAUCGUGAUGCUGUACAAAAAUUAAAAACUAUUGUUGAUUUAUUACCUCGUGAAUGGUUGCACUCAUCAUCAAUGCCUUCAAUGAAACAAAAUAAUGAAUUAUCAUUUGAAGUGACUGAUUCACUUGGUCAAAUUAAACGAUUUCUAACACAAUUAUUAGAAAAUAUCCCACCGAUACGAAUGUAUUCCGAUGUGAGUGUUGGUCAUGUGGAUAUGCAAAUUAUUGAACGGGAAUGCAUGGGAACGCUGUUAAAACUGCGAGAUUUAUUGAAAAAUUGAUCCCAUCGCCAUGGUUAUGAGAUGCUCAAGUGUGUCUGUGUGCAUAUAUGUACAUAGUUGUUUCUUUUUCUCCAGAAAUAAUUUCAUGUAUCAAAUGAACAUUUUCAUUUUGUUGAUUUUCUUUGUUUCAUUUUUUUUUCCGAAACAAAAAAUGUAAAACUGUAUAAAUGAAACUGUCACAAUGUACAAACAAAAAUACAUGUGUAAAAUUGUAAAGAGAAAAAAACUGAAUGACCGAAGAAUUCUCACUUACUGACUUUGCGUUUCCUCUGGAUAAUGUCUAUAUAUGUUGUGUGUAGAUAUUUGUCAUUCUUGGCGUUGCUAUCAAUUUUUUUAAUGAUAUAUCAAUUUCUUUUUGUCUAGACCGAUUAUUACUUUGAUUCGAUUUUUAUGAUAUCUUUUCAUUGUCUCUUUUUUUUUUUAAUUAUGAUUUAAUUAGAUGGAUAAAUUCAUAAUAAAAUUUUUAUGUACAAUA